CUCUCUCUGCAAGGCUCAUUCUGAAGCAUGCAGGACACUUUGUCGUUCAUCUUUAUUACUGAUGGGGCCUAAUUUGCUUGUCUUAGCUAAUGAGCUUAGCCCCUGCUGAGCAGCGGUUAAGCCUGCAUGUGUUUGUAGUGGAACUGCUAAGCGCUUAGUUAGAGGAACCGGAGCAGAGGAGUGGAUCUUAGAAGGGGCAGAGCUGCAGCCACAGCUUCACCACUCCAGGACCACCUCUACUACCAGCACUGCAGAUGGGACGUUGCUCUCUCUCUCUCUCUACACUCCCUCCCUGCUCUGCCUCUCUCUAAUGCUACCUGACCCCCCUCUGUCUCCCUCUCUAGCUGUCCCGGAGCACUGACAAACUGCUUUUGUAGCUGCAUCACCUCUUAGGCAGCUGCCCCUCUGUCUACCUUUCUGUCUUCCCAUCUCUUUCACUCCUUUUCUGUCUUACCCGGUCCCCAGACUUUCGUUUCCAAAAUGUAUCGGAACCCGUGGAUCUCGAAUUACCUGGCUCAUGUCAAGUUUUGCAGCCAAGGACUUGGGAGUGAGACCCCCAUUAAACUAAGCAACCCCAGAUUGCUACAGAAGAGAGCUUUGAGCUUCCCGAAAGAAUUCUCCUUCGACGAAAAAGACGACCCAGCCAAAAGCACCAAGGAUAUAGAUGUUAGUCUCUUGGCCAAUCUCCCUAAAGUCUCUGAAUUGAGGAAACGAUUUGAAGGCAUUACCACAAGCGCGAGUGACUGGGAAAUGAACAGAAAGGAGCGAAUUGCUCGGCGGUUGGAGGGCAUAGAGGCCGAGGCACAUCCGUCCCUGCUGCCUAGCUUGGUGGCCAACCGGCUUCUGGAGGAGGACACACCACGAUACACCAGGGCCUCCGAUCCCUUUGAGCCCUUUGGUGUUACAGUCCAGCGGUAUGGCAUGGAGGGAUUUGAAAGCCCAGAAAUGCAGCUGACUGCUCCAGAGCGACAGUCCAGAGCUCGAUGCAGAAAUGAGCCUCCAUCCUCCAUUCACACACAGCCUGUGUACACCUCGGCCCCCACCCCCAGUGCCCCCGAGCUGGAGUCCAAGGCCGAGCGCAUUGCCCGCUACAAGGCGGAGCGGCGCCGGCAGCUGGCAGAGCGCUACGGCAUCUCUUUAGAUCACGAGCCGGACUCUGACCAACCCCCCCGCCAUACUCGCACCCAGAAAGAGCCGGAAGGCUCGGAGAGGCGGAUCCGAGGUGAGGCAGUGAGGGAGGAAGGGCGGGACAUCACCCUGAGUUCUUACACCAACACCUCUACCACUAGCCCAAGGGCGGGACGCACGUCACCACAGCACGGCCACCCCGACCCAGGUUUCGAGCUGGGUCGACCCAGGGUAGACUCAUUCUCCGAGAGGGAGAGGCUGAUGAACCUGGAGAAUCAACGUAGGGCUGCGCCUCCUGAGCCUCCGUCCUCUUCCUCAUACAUGGAUGUGACACCAUUGUCCUCAUCUGCCAGGGUGCCCACCAAGGACUCUUCAGUCACAGGGAAGCCAGCGAGUUCACCCAAGCUGAGCAGGCACCUUUCGCUCUCCUCACCUAAACAUGGGGUGUCUCCUGGGGACCUAUUCAUCGAGCAGCAAUCUCACCACAUUCUCAGCAGACAGGGUGCAAGGUCGAAACUGAACACUGAUUGGUUCCUCCAGACUGAUGCUGAGGGCGACACCCAUUCCCUCAUCAACUGGCCUUCGAGAAUCAGAGUUAGGGAGAGGCUUGCCAGAGAGGAGGGCCACCAGAGAAGCCCAGAGCUAGGAAAUGUUACCGAAGCUCCGGUGUCCCGCAGACAAUCUCAGGACCCGAACUCUAAACGAUUCCACGCAGACCCACCAGGCCCCCAGCAGGCUUACUCCCAACCCCACGCCCAGGCUCAGCUCACCCGACCUGCGCCACCGGGAGGACAAGAAGUUGUCGGUUACCCCAGUUAUCUGUCCAUGGCCUCCUGUCCCACAUCCAGAGCCGGGCCGCAGCAGCAGCAACAGCCUCAGGGGGAAGAGACUGGGGAGUCGGGGGAUGCAAAGACAGAGGGCCUUCUGAAGAGCAGGAAGGCAGUGCUGCCCUCUGAAAUCCGCCGCAGGGAGAGGAGCACUGAGGACCCACGGAGAGGAGGAGGGGAAGAGGAGCUAGGGAUGUCAAGGGCAUUGAGUCUUGCAAGGGAGGCCGAGGCAGAGGAGCCUACAAGAAGAGGACACAGAAGCAGUCCCAGGUGGGACGACACCGAGCACACCUCUCAUUCGCAAGCAUCAGAGAGCAGGCCCAGAGAGCGGGUAAAUGCCACUUAUAUCCAGAAAGGGGUUGCUGCCACCCACAUCCAGCCCAGAGAGGCACAUGCAGGCCCAGGAAGCUCCACCGCCAGCCCAGCCCAGAGUCGCUCGGUGUGGGAGGCUGGGGAUCCCCGAGGGCUCAGUCAGAGGAACCUGCAGUACCAGGCCCAUGACCUCCGAGAGGUCAGGGAUGGUGAUGGUCCCAGUAACCAAGAGAUUCACCAGGACAACAGGGUGUCUGUGGCCCAGCUCCGACAUUCCUACAUGGAGAGCACCACCCCUCCAACCAGCCGCAGGACUGAGCUUGAGGUUGAAGGGGACAAGGCAGUCACAGGCUACGGUGCCCUGUGGAGAGAGGAGAGGGACAGGGGGCGCAGGCCCCGACAGUAUAUCUAUCCCGGGGAGAGUAGAAAGACCUCAGAGAGGUUUAGGACGCAGCCCAUCACUUCUGCAGAACGCCAGAAGACAGAUAGGUCCUGCGUGAGUUCAGAUCUUGCUUCCACUGAAGCUGAUGAAGAGAAGCUAGAUGAACGGGCCAAGCUGAGCGUAGCAGCCAAGCGUUCUCUCUUCAGGGAGCUGGAGAAGAGUAUUGAUGGCGGAGCUCCUAAACCACGAUCCAGGAAUGCAGCGGUGGACAGGAGACUAAGACGGACACAAGACCGAUCCAGAACUCAGCCGGUCACCACUGAGGAAGUAGUAAUCGCCGCCACCGUCCCCACUCACGUGCCACGCGCGGUGACUGUUCACACUGCUGUGGCACGCGUCCCUAGCCCCACCCUAGUUACCAGCACUGUCCAGCCAUACAGCCUGCAGGCGUCCUUGCAGCAGAGUGCCGCCGCCCGGGAGCAGGCGCGGGAGAACCGGCAGAUGCAGGAAACUCAGGAGGUCCAGCGCUCGAAGCCCGUGUCCAGAGUGGAGGGAAAAGGUCAGAGUCAAGACGAGCCUGAUCUCUGCACUCUCAGCCUGGCAGAAAAGAUGGCGUUGUUUAACAGACUGGCUCGGCCUCCCAUCAGGGUCACCCGUACCAGGGGGGACACACGCCAGCGCAGGACCAACACUCGCUACCAGACACAACCCAUCACACUGGGAGACAUGGAGCAGGAGCCUUCAGACGUAGACGUCAGGGAUGAACAGGAGCUGUGUGACAGCCCAGUAGAGCACCUACAACUUCAAAACGGUACAAGCUCUCGGUUGGGACCCCUCCCCACUUCGUCAUCCUCCUCCUCUGCUCUGAGAGAAGGCACUGUCUCCACUGACCAUGCCGGAGACAUUCACAUAACCAGAGCAGCAGCCCGGAUCCAACCCGUGACCCCCAGCGCGGACAGCUCUCUGCCCGCUCACCACCCAGACACCCCCCCCUGGAGGUCCCUGAACUCCACGGACCAUCAGGGAGAAGACGGAGCUGAUCAGGGACCAGGGAAGAGGAAGCUUCCCUCUCCAGAGGGAGCGGUCAGGCAGGUUGCUCUGCCCCAGCCCCUGACUGGAAGAGAGAGGAGGGAGAAAGAAGAGGAGGAGUGGCUAAUCAGAGGGUGGGGAGACAGAGCCGUGCAGAGCUCAGAGAGCCACAUGCGCCAGGAGAGGCUGGAGGCGUAUCUAAGGGAGGAAGCACACUACCCAGACGGCCAGAAGAGCAGGGCCAUCAGUGGAGAGCUGCCGGAGUCCACUGCGGUGACGUCAUCUGGUUCGCCCAGCAGCGUGUGUCGGCCUCCUGCGGUAGACACACACACAGACGGCCUGGGUCAGCCGGUGGAGGAAGACGAGCUGUGCAACAUGAUGAUGGCCAGACAUAUGUCCAUCAAAGAGAGAGUGGCCUUGUUGAAGAAGAGCGGCGAGGCAGACUGGAGGAACAGGAUCAAUAAGAAGCAGGAUGUGGCGAAGGUUGCCGUGGGCGACCAGCACGCUCAGCACUGGGAACUGGAGCAGAGCUUCAAGAAGAAGGACGAUGAAGCACAGAUGGUGAUCGAUGAGUUGGCUGUGUCCGACCUGCUAUGGGAGCCGGUCUUUCCCUCUACUUUCUCUCUUACACCUGAGCCUGCGAUCUGUACUCCAUCCUCUGACGAGUCCGCCAGCCAGACCACCAGAUCUCCCAGACCCAUGCAAGUGGAUGAGAGACACCCCUGGAGACGGAAGAGAAUAGUUGAGGCUGAGAUGGAGUGCCAGGGGAUGGAGGCUCACAUGUCCAUCCAGGAGAGGAAAGAGCUGAUAGUAGCCCAAGAGGAGGCCUGGAAGAUGAAAGGCCAUGGAGCCGCCAAUGACUCCACCCAGUUCACUGUGGCUGCCCGCAUGGUGAAGAAAGGGUUGGCCUCCGCCUCCGCCCUACAGUCUACUGCGUCCUCCAAACCCAAGAACGGCAGCCUUGCCAUCUCCAAACCACAGGAAGAGAUCAAGGCUGUCCCAGAUCUGACCCUGGAGUCAGACAUGAAGUUGGACAAACUGGAGUCAUUCCUCGGCAAGAUCAACAAUAAAGUGUCCGGACUGCCAGAAGCAACCAUCACAGUUACACAGAAGAAGGUAAAGGAAGUGAUGAGCCUCGAAGAUGAAACUUUUUCCAAAUUCUACCGCCACGUGGAGGAGCUCCCCUCCACCACCAACAAGGUGGAGAUAGACGACGACUUUGACGCCAUCUUCGGCCCCCAGGUGCCGAGGCUUACCUCGGAGAUGGUGGAACACAGGCGAGCAGUGCGCCCGACGCGUAACGUCCAAUCAUCUCGGAACCCUCUGAAGAUGCUGGCUGCCAGGGAGGACAUCAGACACGAGUACACCGAGCAGAGGCUCAACAUUGGCCUGCUGGAGAGCAAGAGGAUGAAGGCUGAGAAGAUGAAUAAGAACUCUGGUUUCUCAGAUGUGGCUCUGGCUGGGCUGGCCAGCAAGGAGAACUUCAGCAACGUCAACCUGCGCAGCGUCAACAUCUCGGAGCAGAUGUCUAACAACAGCGCCGUGCCUUACAAGAAGCUCAUGCUCUUACAGGUCAAAGGCCGACGGCACGUACAGACCAGGCUGGUGGAGCCCCGAGCGUCCUCCCUGAACAGCGGCGAUUGUUUCCUGCUCAUCACGCCACACAACUGCUUCGUCUGGAAUGGAGAGUUUGCCAAUGUCAUUGAGAAGAACAAGGCUUCAGAGUUGGCCAAUUUCAUCCAGAGGAAGAGAGAUUUAGGUUGCCGAGCUAAUUAUGUCCAGGUCAUCGAGGAGGCCGUCGGCACAAAUAGCAAUGCUGCCAAAGAGUUUUGGAAAAUCCUGGGAGGGCAGUCGAGCUAUCAGUCCGCAGGAACCCCAGAUGAAGACGAGCUGUACGAGGGUGCCAUUGUGGAGACAAACUGUAUUUACCGCCUGAUGGAUGACAAACUGGUCCCAGAUGAUGAUUUUUGGGCCAAGGUGCCCCGGUGUUCCCUGCUCUACCCUAAGGAGGUUUUGGUGUUUGACUUUGGCAGCGAGAUGUACAUAUGGCAUGGAAAGGAAGUGACGCUGACCCAGAGGAAAGUGGCCUUCCAGCUGGCCAAGCACCUGUGGAACGGCACCUUUGACUACACAAACUGCGAUAUCAACCCACUCGACCCGGGAGAGUGCAACCCACUCAUACCAAAGAAAGGCCAGGGCCGACCGGACUGGGCCGUGUUCGGCAGACUGACGCAACACAAUGAAACCACUUUGUUCAAAGAGAAGUUCCUGGACUGGAGCGACUCCAGGAAAACACCAAGUCCCACAAAAAAGGACGACCACACCGCUGAUCAAAAGGAGCAGCCGACGUCUGAUCAGCCCCACGCGUACGCCGCCGCCCUUAUCCUGCCACUCCAUCAGGCGCCCGUCUGCACCAAACUGGACGGGUUCAGUGUGGGCCGGGGUUACGGCCUGGUGGAGGCAGAGGACUGGCGGAGCUACGAGGUUAGCACGCUGGCUGUGGAGCUGUGGCACAUCCUGGAGUUUGACUACAGCCGUCUGCCGCUGCAGAGCAUCGGCCAGUUUCACGAGGGCGACACAUACGUGAUGAAGUGGAAGUAUAUGGUCAGCACUGCAGUUGGGAGGAGACAGAACCCGGAGCAGCAGAAGAUGACGGGGGCUGGGAAGGAGAAGUGCUGCUACUUCUUCUGGCAGGGUCGCAACUCCACCGUCAGUGAGAAAGGAACAUCAGCACUGAUGACGGUGGAGCUGGACGAGGAGCGCGGACCACAGGUUCAGGUCCAGCAGGGUAAGGAGCCUCCAUGUUUCCUGCAGUGCUUCAAAGGAGGGAUGGUCGUCCACUCAGGGAAGAGAGAAGAGGAGGAGGAACACUCCCAGAGUGACUGGCGUCUGUACUGUGUGCGGGGGGAGGUGGAGGUGGAGGGCCACCUGCUGGAGGUGGCCUGUCACUGCAGCAGCCUGCGCUCCAGGGUCUCCAUGGUGCUGCUGAGCGCUAGCCAAUCCCUCAUCUACCUGUGGCAUGGCUGCAAGGCUCAGGCACACACACGGGAUGUGGCACGCACAGCCGCCAACCAAAUCAAAGAACAUUGCCCUCUGGAAACAGGCCUCCACAGCAGCAGCAAGGUGACCGUCCGGGAAUGUGACGAGGGAUCAGAGCCAACAGGAUUCUGGGAACCCCUCGGGAGGAGGGACCGGAAAGCGUACGACUGCAUGCUGCAAGACCCGGGGAGGUUUAACUUCACACCACGACUGUACGAGUUGAGCAGCAGCUCGGGGGAGUUUGCAGCGGUGGAGUUUCUUUACCCUGCCAGAGAGCCCAGGAAAGUCAACUCUAUGCCUUUCCUGCAGGAGGACCUUUAUACAGCUUCCCAGCCAGCCCUGUUCCUGGUGGACAACCACCACGAGGUGUAUCUGUGGCAGGGCUGGUGGCCUCAGGACAGUGAAAGCACCGGCUCAGCCCGAAUUCGCUGGGACUCGGACAGGAAGUGUGCCAUGGAGACUGUGCUGCAGUACUGCAGAGAAAAGAAUGAAAAGAAGCCUCCCAAAGCGUACCUGAUCCACGCUGGUCUGGAGCCGCUCACCUUCACCAACAUGUUCCCCAGCUGGGAGCACCGAGAGGACAUCGCUGAGAUCACUGAGAGGGAGGCGGAGGUGUGUAACCAGAUUAUCCUGGUAGAGGACGUGUUGGCCAGGCUGUGUAAGACGGCGUACCCACUGGCAGAUGUUCUGGCCCGGCCGCUGCCUGAGGGCGUUGACCCUCUCCGCCUGGAGGUCUACCUGUCCAGUGAGGACUUUGAGGGUGGAGGGGCUUAUGGGAAGAAAGCCCUGGACAUGACCCGAGAGGAGUACCGGGCCAUGCCUGGCUGGAAGCAGGUGAAGCUGAAGAAAGCCAAAGGGCUUUUUUAAAGGGUUGGAACGGAGAGCUGGCCAGAAGACACCAGGAUGUGGUUUUUGUCUCCUCUUUGCUUUACGUCCGGACACAACUGAGGCUCAGUAUAGAUACAGUGUCGGUAUUUUGGUUGGAUAAGUAGGAAACUAAUGUAGCCGGGGUACGCAGGGCAGUAAGCUUGAUCAGUCCACCUAAGUAAGGCAAUGAGUCUGUUACCUUCUUUGACAGAAAUAUAUGCAUUUUUCUGUUAUUUCUGACGAUUUGAUGAACAAACAUGUCUAUAAUUAUUGAGUAAAUUAAACCCCAAUAAUCAAAACUGGUUACAAAAGUAGUAUUAAUAUUUAAAUACUGCUGUCAGUACAGAUCACCGGAAGACACUGGACGCUCUCAGAUCUAACUUCAUGUUGUACGGUUGUUUGGUAAAUUGCUCUUAAACACAUUUAGAGAGGAUUUGAAUUGCUAUUUUUAUUCUCAAUUGUUAUUUUGGCUGGUGAUUUUUUUAUUUUUUAUUUGGCUCUGUGGGGAAUGUGUUAAUAGUGCUUCUUUAAAGUCGCAAAUAUGAAACUUGGAAGUUUCAGAUGACGUCCAUAGGCCAGGAGUGCAGGUCCAUCAACUGUAUUGAACUGAAUGUGAUUGGUUGUAAAUAUGUACUGUAUGCAGACCAACCCAGUGCCCUUACAUAGUCAGCCAUGUGUUGGGAGGAGCAGGCCUGUCAGCCUGUUCACCAUCUCUCUGCUGUUCUUUGUAUGUAGGUCUAUGCAUUACAAAUAAUUUAUAUUUAUCAAAUUCAUAUAGGAUUGUUCUUUUUUAAGCUUCAUGAAUGUUGACUGAGUAAAAAAUGAUUGAAUAAACUGUAUAAUUAAUGUUUAUAAUGUAUGAUGAUAAAUACUGGAUAUUACAGAAGUGUCUCUUGCUGUACAGUUCACCAUUUGCCAUUUAUGAAUCAGAUGACUUAGCUUUGUUUUUGCAUCUAGUGUCAUUUCUGUUUCAGGUUUAGAAAGAACAGGAUACAGGCUUGAUACAGGGCAAAGGUAAUGAGGACGAAAUGCAUUUGAUUUUUAAAUCCUACAGUGUAUAGUGCCUUGUUUUUGUGUACAGUUUACAUACAGAUCCUAGUCUGCAUUUUGAAGACUUUUUGUGAUAUAAAGAAAUAUUAGAGAAAUAAACUCUGAAAGUC